UAUACAGCAAAUUGCACCUCACAAAGUUGUAUAUAUAUAUAUAUAUAUAUAUAUACAUAUAUAAACAUCCCUAGUAUACAAUUUCUUCACUCAAUUAAGCAUAACAUCCAAUUUGUAUACGUCUCAACCUCAUUAUUCAUUCAAGUUUAAAGCAAUGAAAUUACCAAAACUUGCAAUUUCAGCUCUUAUCCUCUUCUUCUUACUCAUAAAUGGAUCUACAUCAUCAUCCGGUCCUACUCGAAAGAAGUACUCUAGGAGGCCUUGUAAGAGGUUGGUAUUAUAUUUCCAUGACAUUAUCUACAAUGGCAACAACUCAAAGAAUGCAACUUCAGCCAUUGUAGGUUCACCGCCUUGGGGGACCAAGACCAUUUUGGCAGGAAAAAACCACUUUGGCAAUGUGGUAGUUUUCGACGAUCCAAUUACGUUGGACAGCAAUCUGCAUUCACCACCCGUUGGUCGAGCUCAAGGGUUUUACAUAUAUGACAGAAAAGACUACUUCACUGCUUGGCUUGGCUUCAGUUUCUGGUUCAACUCCACUGAUCACAAGGGAACGUUACAAUUUAUCGGGGCCGAUCCGUUGAACAAGACGAGGGAUAUAUCGGUUGUGGGCGGUACUGGAGAUUUCUUCAUGGCUAGAGGCAUUGCUACUUUGAUGACUGAUGCUUAUGAGGGUGAUGUUUAUUUCAGACUUCGAGUCGAUAUCAAGUUGUACGAGUGUUGGUAAAUAUAUAUAUAUAUAUAUAUAUAUACAGUCGGAUCGACCUAAUUGAGUUUAACUAUAUAUAUGUGACUAGUUAGCAGUAAUCUGCAUGUGGGUUUUGUUUUGCUUUUAUUUGUUUUUAUAUUCUUUUUUGUUUUGCUUAUAUUUGUUUUUAUAUUCUUCUUAAGUGUUUGAUGUUACAGAUCAUGCAUAGAGCUGUAGUAUCCGAAAGAAGAGUUUGGUUAUGUAAUUUUUUUCUUUUUUUCUUUUUUUUUUUCUUUUUUUUUUUUUUUUGUGUGUAAUGAAUUCGAAAGUUAUGUAAUUUGUUGGUUUUUCAAUUUGGUUAUGUGUUUUUUUUUGGGGUAAUGAGUUCAAAAGUUAUGUAAUUUGUUGGUUUUCGAUUUGAUUGACUAGAAUUACUGAAAUUAGCAGUUCCUCUAGUUUUGAUAUUGAAGCUAAGCUUAUAUUCAUUGAGAAAAUGUUCAAGUUACAAUAUUGAAACAGCACAAAUCCCCUGCA